AUGAAAAAAGGGAUAGUGUUUGAAUGGACUCCGGCGUAUGAGGAAGCAUUUAAGCAUUUCAAAGAGAUCCUCGCAACACCACCCAUGCUCGGGAAGCCCAAACUCGGAGAACCGUUCUACCUGUACCUGGCCAUAACAGAGGAAGCGCUAGCGGCAGUUUUGGUACGGGAAGAAGGGAAGGUUCAACAACCAAUUUACUUCGUGAGUAGAGCACUGCAAGGAGUAGAACUGAGAUACAGCAAAUUAGAGAAGCUGGCCCUGGCACUGCUAACCUCCUCUCGAAGACUAUGGCAAUACUUCCAGGGUCACCAAGUGGUCGUGAGAACGGACCAGGGAAUCCGCCAAGUGCUCCAAAAACCCGACUUAGCGGGAAGAAUGAUGACUUGGGCCAUCGAGCUAUCUCAGUAUGAUUUGCGAUAUGAACCCCGACAUGCGAUUAAGGCACAAGCAAUGGCAGACUUCUUGGUAGAGGUAACGGGGGACUCGACCGAGGAGGCGGGCAUACGGUGGAGGCUCCAUGUGGACGGGGCCUCCAACCAAAUGUCCGAAGGUGCCGGGAUCAUCUUGGAAAGCCCUGCCGGGGUCAUAUACGAACAAUCAAUCAAGUUCGAGUUUCCCGUAUCAAAUAACCAAGCGGAGUACGAAGCCCUCCUGGGUGGCUUGAUCUUAGCUCGAGAAGGCGGAGCUACGAGGCUGGAAGUGUGCAGUGACUCACAGGUCGUCACCUCGCAAGUAAAUGGAAGCUACCAAGCCAGAGACUCGCUAUUACAGAAGUACUUGGAGAAGGUCAAAGAGCUGAGCAAACAAUUCGAGGAGGUCACGGUCCAACACGUUCCGAGGGAAAGGAACACACGGGUAGACCUCCUAUCCAAACUAGCAAGCACGAAACCGGGAGUCGGCAAUCGAUCCCUCAUUCAAGGCAUGAUAAAAGAACCAACAGUUGCCCUCUACCUGACAAAGAUAGGCCCCUCCUGGAUGGACCCCAUCACUUAUUUCCUAGAAAACGGCAAACUCCCCGAUGACGAGAAGGCAGCCAAAGCGUUGAGAAUGGAGGUAGCCAAAUAUGCAAUCAUACAAGGUAAACUGUUUAAAAAGGGACUCAGUCAGCCCUUACUGAAGUGCUUGCAUCCCGACCAAAUGGACUACGUACUCAGAGAGGUCCAUGAGGGGUGCUGUGGUCACCACAUCGGAGGCAAAGCCCUAGCAAGAAAGCUCAUCCGAGCUUGA